AUGAGCCGGUUCCUGCCCUUGUUCAAACGUUCGGGUGUCUUUAAGCGGCUCAUCUCUUCAAAAAGAGACCUGGGAGAGGCGUUGUAUGUGACAACACCCAUCUUCUAUGUCAAUGCCAAACCCCACCUCGGCCACUUCUACUCGAUGUUUCUGUGUGACAUGAGGAUCAGGUGGGAGAAGCUCCGAGGAUAUGACACAUUUUUCACCACCGGAACUGAUGAGCAUGGUCUCAAAGUGCAAAACGCGGCGAACGCGGCCGGAGUGGAACCCAAACUUUUUUGUGACGAUCUGUCGGCCAAGUUCAGGAGUCUUGCGAAGCUGGGAAAUAUCGAGUAUGACAGGUUCAUUCGGACAACUGAUGAAGAUCAUAAACUCGCUGUGAAACAUUUUUGGAAUGAGGUACAGAAGAGAGGGUUUAUAUACAAAGGAACACACACUGGGUGGUAUGCCGUGUCUGAUGAGACGUUCUAUCCGGAGUCACAGAUAGAACAGAGGCUCGAUCCAGUAUCUGGGGAAAUGAGGCAUCACUCGGUCGAGACUGGCUCAGAAGUGGAAUUCCAGACCGAAGAGAACUACUUUUUCAAGCUUUCCGAGUUCAGAGAUGCUUUGAUUGCGAACAUGGAGAAAAAUGAGAGAUUCAUCAUACCCAGGAAAUACUACCAGGAGGUGUUGAACGAACUGAAAUCUCAGGAACUGACCGAUCUCAGCAUUUCUAGACCCUCCACAAGAUUGUCAUGGGGAAUAGAUGUACCUGGAGACAGUAGUCAGAAGGUGUAUGUUUGGUUUGACGCUUUAAUCAAUUAUGUAACCUCUGCUGGAUACCCCUUCUCUGGAGACACCUACCAGCCAUGGCCAGCAACCCAUCUGAUCGGAAAGGAUAUUGUUCGGUUCCACUGCAUUUACUGGCCAAGUUUUCUGAUGGCAUGUGACCUUCCAAUCCCUCGCCAAGCCAUAGUUCAUGGCCAUUGGCUCAUGGGAGGGAAGAAGAUGAGCAAGAGCAGGGGGAACGUUGCGGAUCCGGUCACCAUAGCCGAUUACUAUGGAGAGGAUUUUCUAAGAUACUUUCUGGCGCGCUACUCCAUUCUGGAUAGCGAUUGCGACUUCUCUGAAGAACGACUCAAUGCUGCUAGAAAUGACUUUAUUGACAAGUUCUGCAAUUUGAUGACCAGGUCUCUUUCCAAGAACUUUUCCAUUGAGAGGGCUCUGCAGAGAUAUGAAAAGGGUGAAUUUGAAGAGAUACUCAAUGCCAAUUCUCUGCUUUCGGCGGGCCAUAAAAAGAUUGUGGAGUCUACCAAUAAACUUGUGGAAGAUUUUGACAGAGAUUUACAGCUGUUUUCCACUCACAAGAUUCUAGAUCAGUUGAGAUCAGUGUGCUCGGAAGUCAAUGCAUAUUUCUCAGAUACCGAGCCUUGGAGGCUCAAAUCUGAAGCUGAGAGCAUUCAGCAAGAUCUGGUGAUAUUCACCGCCCUGGAUUCUUUAAGAUGUUUUUUGAUCCUGCUGCAACCUUUCAUGCCAACAGUCUCGAACCAAUUGCUGGAUCUGAUGAAGGUUGAUUCCGAGAAACGCUCUAUCGGACUAGCCAUGAUAGGUGCAGAUACAACCUAUGGUAAGGGCGCAGUUUUCAAGAAGGGUUCAAGUGUUCCUCUGUGGAAGCUGAAACUUAACGAAGAGUAG